AUGGUCCUCGACAGAUUACAGCAACUGACCCACCAGGUCAGCGCUAUAGCGCCUGCUCCUUAUCCUCUUGAUCCUUUGUCUACAUUAGAGAUUGAUUGUGCCGUUGAAAUUAUCCGCAAAGAGCAUGGCCUCCUUAACUUCAAUGCCGUCACAUUGUACGAGCCACGCAAGGCCCAGAUGAUGGCGUGGGUUGCAGAUCCCGAGAAAGCUCCGCGUCCCACCCGAACUGCUGAUGUUGUCGCCAUUGCACCGGGUGGUAAAGUCUACGAUGGACUUGUUGAUCUAGACCAGAAGAAGAUCAUUCAAUGGCAUCAUACGCCCAAUGUUCAGCCUCUGAUCACAAUGGAGGAUCUACAGGAGGUUGAACAUGUCGUCCGUAAGGACCCCAAGGUCAUUGAGCAGUGUCGAAUUAUUGGAAUUCCCAAGGAGGAUAUGCACAAAGUCUACUGUGACCCCUGGACUAUUGGAUAUGAUGAGCGUUUCGGAACUGGUGUCCGACUACAACAAGCUCUUAUGUACUACCGUCCUCACCCCGAUGACUCUCAAUACACGUACCCCUUGGAUUUCUGUCCCAUCUACAAUGCAGAGACUAAGCAGAUUAUUCACAUUGAUGUGCCACCAGUGCGGAGACCUGUGAGCAAGGCACCACCCAACAACUAUCACCCAGCUGCCAUUGAGGAAGAAGGCGGAUACCGUACCGAUAUCAAGCCAAUUCACAUCACCCAGCCCGAUGGCGUGUCAUUCCAGGUCAAAGGGCGGACAAUCGAAUGGCAAAAUUGGAGCGUACACGUUGGUUUCAAUUACCGCGAGGGCAUUGUCCUCAACAACAUCACAUUCAACGACAAGGGCAAUGUACGCCCCGUCUUCUGGCGUCUGUCACUGGCAGAAAUGGUCGUACCCUAUGGCAACCCCGAGCAUCCCCACCAGCGCAAGCACGCCUUCGACCUGGGUGAAUAUGGCGGCGGAUACAUGACCAACAGUCUUUCCCUCGGAUGCGACUGCAAGGGCGCAAUUCACUACAUGGACGCAGCAUUCGUCAACCGUGCCGGUACUAGCACCAUCAUCAAGAACGCUAUUUGUAUCCACGAAGAAGACGCCGGCAUUCUAUAUAAGCAUACCGAUUUCCGCGAUGAAUCUAUGAUUGUCACCCGUGGCCGCAAGCUGAUCAUCUCGCACAUCUUCACUGCUGCCAACUACGAGUACUGCGUGUAUUGGAUAUUCCACCAGGACGGAACUGUGCAGCUCGAGGUCAAGCUGACUGGUAUCCUUAACACCUAUGCCAUGAACCCCGGUGAAGACACCCACGGCUGGGGAACUGAGGUCUAUCCCAGUGUCAACGCCCACAAUCACCAGCACUUGUUCUGUCUACGCGUUGACCCAAACAUCGAUGGGCCAGACAACACCGUCUUCCAAGUCGAUGCUGUUCGCGGGGAGGGUGAAAUAGGCAGCGCCGAGAACAUGUAUGGCAAUGCCUUCUACGCCAAGAAGACCAAGUUCAACACUCCACGCGAGUCGAUGUCUGACUAUAACGGGUUUACCAGUCGUACAUGGGAAAUGUCUAACACCAACAAGCUCAACCCCCACAGCAAAAAGCCUGUCUGCUACAAACUGGUGAGCAGAGAGGUGCCUCCCUUGCUGCCCAAGGAGGGCGGUCUCGUCUGGAAGCGAGCUGGAUUCGCACGCCACGCAGUUCACGUCACUAAAUACGACGACGAACAAAUCCACCCAGCCGGUCGCCACGUUCCCCAGACCUCUGGCGAGCCGUCGGAAGGUCUCCCAGCUUGGAUUGAAGCCGCGGGUCCUAACUGCUCUAUUGACAACACUGAUGUUGUGCUCUGGCAUACUUUCGGUCUGACACAUUUCCCUGCGCCGGAGGACUACCCUAUUAUGCCUGCUGAACCUAUGACUCUGCUUCUUCGUCCUCGUAACUUCUUCGACCGCAACCCUGUCCUUGAUGUGCCGCCUAGCUUUGCUCGUACUCCUACACAAGUAGCCGCUGGUGCCAUCUCAUGUGGUUGCAAGAAGAGCGAUGGCUCUAGUGUCCUGGUUUGA